AUGAGAGAAGUAGCUAUUUGUGAACCUAAGCUUUCAGAACUAUCUGCGAUUGAUAGCCGGAUCAAUUUACUCAAGAAGAGCCUAGGGUUUCUUCUACCGAACCGGAACUCCCAAUGGCUCAAGGAAGCUAUGAAGAUUAUAUCCGACCGCAUUAAACCACGUCAGCACUCAUUUUGCGCCCUGGCUGUUUCCAUUGAAGGAUUAGAGGGAUAUACUAUCGCAGCGGAUUGCCUUUUUUUUACGGUGUCCCAAAGUAGCGUUAUUGUCCUGAGCAUGGAUAAAUACCGAUUUAACCUCAUAGAUAUCCCCCUGGCCUCUAUAAAGGGCACAGAAGCAAAGGGCAAUAAACUGAGAAUCAUCCUUGGGCAAAGGUGUUACUUAGUGGUGAAUGGAGUCGAACAAUAUUCGAAUAACAUCCUCAUUGGGAUGGAAACUCCUCGUCAUGUGGAAGCAGCAAUAAAGGCUGUCAGAAAUAUAAUAGAGUUAACCACCAGAGACAACGAGACACCCUUAUAUAAACGGGCGAAGGAAGGGGCAAUGGCGAUUAUUGCUUUCCAUGAUUGUGUUAAUGACUUUGAACCAGAAGCUCCUAUCGGCCUCCAUAUAUCUAUCCAUGCGGACAGCGACCAUGAUGCUGGAUGCAUGCUGUGGCAAGAAUCCCAUCGACAACCCUCUUCUUCUGCCAUAAUUGAACUUCCAACCGGCGAGGAGGUUCUAUCCGCGUCACAAUUAUCCUUGCAAUCCAGCCGUCCUCUACAAUCUCAGCCGCUCCAUCAGCAACCACGAGAACAGUGCGUUUCUAAUCAGACUGGAGGCACACCCGCAACUGGAGGACCUGCGCCUGUUAAGGAAAGACGAACAACCAAACUUUCGGAAAAGAAAGAAGGCGCAGAUACUACACUGAACCCAGUAAAUCGGAGAAAACGAGAAAGAGGUGAUGCUUCUCAAGUUUCCAAAAAUGUGCGUCAAUUCAUGUCUCGCAACCAACUGUCAGCGCAGAAACCGAUUAUCUCCUCGAACGCUCGCAAAUCGGGUCAAGAGAAAUCAAAGGAUCAAGGAAAACCAACCUCAAAGUCAGAUGAGGUUAACUCUAAUACUUUAUCUUUGCAAAACGGUAAUCGAACCGCAAAUGUAGUGCAGACACAAAUACCUCCAAUGACAACAACAAGGUAUGAACAGCAAAAACCAACCCGGUCCGUUAAGUUUGAUUUGGGAGCAGGCCAUACUCCUACAUCUAGUACUGGGCCAUCAGACAAUGCGAAUUCAAUCGAUGGUAAAGCCGUAUUGGAUUUAGCAAUGAGGAAGGAGAGUAGUUCGGCACUGCGAAGCUUAACGAAUGAUGAUGCUCCUAUGGCCUUAGAAAAUACCGGGGAUGAAGACGAGGAUCUAACCUCCAGUUCCUUGGAUGAGUUACUGAAGUACACUUCAGUACGCACAAAACAGAUUGGAUGGCAGUCUCGAACGGUUGACGAAAAUGGAAGCCCAAUACCACGGCUGCAACAUGCGAGAAAAAAUUAUAGCCAGCGUGUCCUUGGGAUGCUAGAUGGAACAGAUAAACCAAAAGUCGCCCCUCACAUAGAUAUGCCACCUGCAAUCUCAGAGCCUUCGCAACAUCAAGGAAUGACUACCUUGAAUCCACCAGCAUAUAAUCACUUGAAGAGGGGUGCCAACAGAGACAUAACUGACAGGCAUUCGUUUCAAUCAUCAAAUAUGUUUGCAUCGGAGGAGAGGCACAGCCGGCGGUGUCGUUCUAUGAGAGCAAAUGAUUUAUUCUAUGAUCAGAAGAUACACCGUGGAAAAUUUGAGGGUCAGAAUAAGUCUGCUACCUCAUCGUAUAAGAAGUCAUUUGAUUUGAUGCAGCGGCUGAAAGCUCAUCAACACAAUCCAAUACCACGAACCAUGGGCAAGACACACCAUAUAGAUGUCAGAGACUCGAAGCCAUUCAAGGCCAUACAGAAUGACGAAGAUGCCGUAAACAUAGAGGCAGAGACUGAUGACGAAUGUUCGCCCCCGCGAUAUCUACCAGAGUGUUCAGAAUAUGUAGAAUGUCAAGGCCAUGAGUGGGAGAAACACUUACGGGACAACUACAGAGAGGGAGGAGAUAUUCUGAGUGAUACGAGUAAAGUAAGUACCAAAGUAACUCCUACAUAUUCUCCCCUUAUCCCCCGUAUGUUGAUAUUCCUUCCCAAUGCUAACCAACACUUUCAAAUAGCAACUCUCCCGAUGAUCGAUCAGCUUGAGGAAAUCCAUUCAGAAAAGCUUGACCAAAGUGAACACGCUCUCAGGCCAAUCAAGAAAAGGUUUCUAGGAAUGUUUGAGAAUUUCUCUAAAAGAUUAGCGAAUGAUCUUGAAUCUAUACACAAGGCAUCCUCAACUCUACCUACCGCUGCUAACAGAGGUCAGCGGCUUAAUGGCGAAAUUAAUUCGGCGAUUGAUGAAUACAAGUCAAGACUAAUUAAGUCAACAAAUACUUAG